CUCUCUUCUUCUCUUGCCCACCUCUCCCCCCUUUCUCCCGUCCCCGCUACGAUCGGCUACAUCACCAUGACGAUCGACUACAUCGAGCCAGUGGACCCGCGCCGCCUCGCCCAGGCGAAGACUUUUGCUGACGGCGCCCUGUUCUCGGAUUGGGAGGCCGUCGCAUGCCCCACGGACCCUGCUACAGGCCUGCGGGAGCUCGACCUCUCUCGGGUGGUGUGUAUGGCGGGCUGCAGGACUUGCAAAGGCCUGCGUCAAAUUGACUUGCCGGGCUUGUCCUCCGGCCUGUUUCGCAUGAUCAGCGACCAGACAACGCCGGGGAAGCCGGACUUUCUCCUGGGCGUUAUGGGCACGGAGAUGCAAGCCGGCAAAGAGGCCGUAAAGUCGCCCGCAGAAAUUUUUCUCCAGACCAAGCGCGCGCUGCUGGAUGCCACGGCGAAGUACCUCUUCACCUGCCCCUCUCACGCGGGGAUGAUGCACACUGACGAUCUUGCUGCGUUUAGCGUGGUAUCGGGCGCCAAACGGGCGAGGACAGCGGAGCCAGAGCCGGACCUCGCCUCUCUCCUUCAGGCGAUCGAGGAAGAAGGACAGCAGCAGCCGGAGGCGGCAAGCAACAAAGCGCCAGCAAAGAAGAAAUUGCCGACCAUUGUCUCCAUUGGCACUCAGGUGAGAGAUUGA